AUGGGCAAUGUCCUACGUUGUAAGUGUUGCUGUAGAAGAUCAACACCUUCACCCUCCACUCCUCCACCGCCACCUUUUGCUCCUUCUCCUCCUUGGAAUCCGGACGAUUAUACCGGCCCAGCCGUAUAUACCCAAAAUGUAUGUAGGGCUGGAGAACUAUUUCUGAUGAUUAGACGUGGAAAUGGGAAAGAUUGCGUGAAUAAACCUGUGUGUGCGGGAAAAUGUAAAGAAAAAGGAAGGAUAGCUGUGAGGGAAGAGUGCGCAGGAAAUACGUACGGUAAUGUCUUCAACUGGUUCAACAAGUGUUGCUGCGCCUCAUCCCCACCUCCAUCCCCACCACCGCCACCGCCCUCCCCUCCGCCUCCAUCCCCACCACCGCCACCACCCUCGCCGUCGCCAUCCCCACCACCGCCUCCGCCUCCAUCCCCACCACCGCCGCCGCCCUCGCCUCCUCCAUCCCCACCACCACCACCGCCAUCACCUCCUCCUCCAUCCCCACCACACCACCACCGCCAUCACCUCCUCCUCCAUCCCCAUCACCACCUCCUCCUUCCCCACCACCGCCCUACCCUCCUCCGCCGAGAACAAGAACAUGUGAUUAUAUAG